AUGACAACUACGCUUUCGAAUGGCACUGCUGCCAAUGAGGACCUCCCUGCUGUAUGCCGGCGCAUAAACUCUAAGCUUACGGCUUUCCUCUCCAAACCACCUACUACGGACCGUAUACGAUCUGUGCAAGAGCAUACUAGAAUAUCAUUAUUGGCUAUAGCGAAAGCUCUAGAAGUUUAUGGGCUUGACCAUAUUGCUAUCUCUUUCAAUGGUGGCAAAGACUGUCUAGUUCUGCUCAUCCUCUUCCUCGCAGUGCUGGAUGAAUAUUUCACCUCAAAUGCACAAAAGCCAGCUACAAACUUCACAGCAGCAGAAGUAUACCCGAAUACCCUGGAAUCACUGGUUACAGCAUCGACAAUUCCAUCUCUGUCUCUACCAACAGAAGGGACGGAUCCUCUUUUAGGCCAAGAAAACGAAAAUACCCCUCCAGCCCAACCAAACGGAAACAACAUACCUAAUGGCGCCGCCAACGGCCCUUCCAUAUCUCAAAAGAUUCAUACAGUCUACAUCCACUCUUCACACCCAUUCGCUGAGGUUGAUGAAUUUGUGGCCCGAUGUGUUAAAACGUACCAUUUGGAUCUCCUCCGAUAUGACGAAAAGGGUGGGAUGAAGCAUGCUUUCCGAGUGUUCCUUUCGCAAAAUCCAAACGUUAAAGCGAUAUUUGUGGGGACCAGGAGGACGGAUCCACAUGGUGGGAGUCUCAAGCAUUUUGACCUGACGGAUGGGGGGUGGCCGGGGUUUAUGAGGUGUCAUCCGGUGAUUGAUUGGUGUUAUGCCGACGUUUGGGGGUUUUUGAGAGAGUUGGAUAUUCCAUAUUGUUCACUUUAUGAUUUGGGGUAUACGAGUCUUGGAGGGACGACAGAUACUCACCCAAAUCCCGCACUACAGAGACGUCCGUCUUUAGAUCAUAGCGAAGGGUUGGCGAACGGGGAUUGUGUGGUAGCUGGGGAAGGUACGUCACCACUGCAAGAUGAGGCGACAAAAGAGAGGAGAAAGAGCUUGGUGGCAUGUUUUAAACCUGCGUAUGAGUUAGAGUUCGAAGCAGACUCGAAGGAGAGACUUGGAAGAGAUCGGUAG